GCUCCUUUGUCUCCUCGGGAACGCUCGUCCAGAUUAUCACAAUUGAACAAAUCCCGUGUUUGAUCCUUCUUUCCUGGUUCGAAAUUUAAUGUUAAGUUCAAAUUAUUGAUCAAGAAAGACGACCCAAGAGAUGCUAAUCCGACACGGCAGAUUCAGAUCAGACCAGAACGAUCCAACUCAUGAUCCUGUGCCCCUUAAAACCAAUUCAACUUCCGAAAUAUAAAAAGGCAAGAAAUCGGUCGGACACCUGGACCCCAAAGUGACAUUCAUCGCAACAGAUGGAUCGACUGUAAACAAAACCCAUCUCGAUCCUUACGAUUCUUGAAUUUCUUGAUUAAAUUAUCUGCGAAGAAGCUGGCAAUGGGCGCCCGAACUCGGCGAUGGCGAGUAGAUCCGGAUUUCCGCAGAAGCAGCAGUUGUUCCUAGGGUUUGAUUCUUGAAAGGAGGGGGAACGGUCAACCAUGUCGUCGUCGUCGUCUCCUUCGCCGAACGGUGCUUCCUUGUCUUCGCCGCCUCCCGCGUCGCCGCACGACGAUUCUUUCUUCUCACCUUCAGCUGAGACCGCCGCGGCCACCCCGCCACCCCCGCCACCGCCGCCACAACCACGACCUUUUUCACCCCGGUUGGCGGAGACCCAUCUCCGUUUUCGUCCCCAGAAGCUCAAAUCUCGUGGCCGGCCGAUGGGAGCCUGACUCUCAGCUGGGUCUUGGAUUUGAUGUCCAAAUUCGACUGGGCAUCGAGGAAUCUCCCUCCUACGGAUUUCCCGACCGUGCUUCCCGUCGAGGUGUUUGACCGCCUCGUCCUCACCGCCUCCAAGAUUCUGCACAAAGAGCCGAAUCUUGUGAGGGUCGAUCUUGAUGCUGACGACGACUCUGGCAAGGACUGUAGGGUGGUCGUUGUUGGGGAUGUUCAUGGGCAGCUUCACGAUGUUCUGCACCUGCUGAAUAGUGCUGGUUUUCCCAGUGAGAAUCGGUUCUUUGUGUUUAAUGGGGAUUAUGUGGAUAGAGGGGCUUGGGGUUUGGAGACUUUUUUGCUCUUGUUGGCUUGGAAGGUUUUUAUGCCAGAGAGAGUUUUUCUUCUCCGAGGGAACCAUGAAUCAAAAUACUGUACUUCCGUUUAUGGUUUUGAGCAAGAAGUUUUGACAAAAUAUGGUGAUAGAGGAAAGCAUGUCUAUAGGAAAUGUCUGGGAUGUUUUGAGGGGCUCCCUUUAGCAUCACUCAUUGCUGGGCGUGUAUAUACAGCUCAUGGAGGGCUUUUCCGAAGUAUACCUGUCACGCCAUCGAAGAGAUCAAAGGGAAAAAAGAAUCGCCGUAUAAACUCAAAUCCUGAAGUUAGUACUUUAUCUCUUGGUUCCUUAGAAGAAUUAUCUAAAGCUAGGAGAUCAGUUCUUGACCCUCCAUGGGAAGGGUUGAAUCUGAUUCCAGGUGAUGUGUUGUGGUCAGAUCCAUCAAUGACUCCUGGUCUUUCUCCGAACACAGAGAGGGGCAUCGGAUUAUUGUGGGGUCCGGACCGCACCGAGGAGUUUUUGAAGCGAUAUCAACUAAAGUUAAUUAUCAGAUCACAUGAAGGACCUGAUGCGAGGGAAAAGCGAGAUGGUCUUGCAGGAAUGGAUGAGGGUUAUACUAUAGAUCACGUUGUGGAGUCAGGGAGGCUAAUUACCCUAUUUAGUGCUCCAGAUUAUCCACAGUUUCAGGCAACACAGGAGAGAUACAACAACAAGGGGGCGUACAUCAUCUUGGAACCUCCUAAUUUUGAUAACCCAACGUUCAACAGUUUCGAAGCAGUUACACCUCGGCCAAAGGCAAACCCAUAUUAUGAUUAUCAGGAUGUAAUAGAUUCUGACGAGGAAUUGGAUCUGGCAGCAAUGGUUUCUGAAACUUGAAGGAUCCGGUAAACAAUUUCGUGAGUCUGAACUUCAUCGAGCCAACGUAUGCUUCCUUGCGAAUUUUUGCCUACGGAAGCUAUAAAGAACUCUCAUAUAUUUUGUGGGUCAAGCAGCUUCACGAGUGUAGAGUAGUUGGUUUGGUAUCAUCAUAGAGAAUUGUCAUAGUGAUUCUUCAUUGCAUCGGUAAUACGUAUGCGGGGUUAUUUAUUUCUGAUGAUAAGUAUCUUUAUGCCAGAUUAAUUGCAUAUAAUGGCUUUUGAAGACGCAAUAGUCACUCCCCUUACCUUUGUGUUUCCUGCUCUUAUGUCUGUGAGGCGCAAUAAAAUUGGAAUACUUGCGGUUCACUUUUCUUCC